AUCCCCAUGUCCGCGGAGUGACUUUACCACCAUUGUUCCUGAAGUCCCCUUAUCCGUGGGCAAGAUAAGAAAGAGCUACUCACAAGUUACUAGUGGAAACAAUAAUGUUAGGCGCCAUUUCAGUAACCCACCCAGCAAGCACAACUUUAUCAUCUUGGACAUAUAGUCGAACAUCUGGAAACAGAUUAUUUUUAUCAGGUUACAAACCAAGGACAGUAUCAAUGUCUCUCAGUAACAACAGAAGUAGUAAUAAGAAGCAGCUAGAAGGUGAAAGCCUCUAUCUUGGCUUGGACUUUGGUACUUCCGGUGCUAGAUUUGCCAUUAUUGACAUUGUUGGUACAAUUCAAGCCGAGGCAAAGAGAAAUUAUCCGAUAUAUUUGAAUGGAGAGUCACGUGAUUGGGCACGCUCAUGGAAGGAGACACUCUUUUUGUUGCUUGAAGAUAUUCCACUUAACCUUCGCAAGCAUAUUGUAUCCAUUUCUAUUGACGGAACAUCUGCAACUACUAUGAUUGUUGACAGUGAUACAGGAGAACCGCUGUGGAGACCUUUACUUUACAAUGAAAGUUGUCCUGAUGCACUACCUGCUGUAAAAUCCAUUGCCCCUCCAAACCAUACAGUAUGCACUGCAUCCUCCACUCUGUGUAAGCUCGUCUCAUGGUGGAAUCAGGAGGGUUCAAACCAAAAAUCUGCUCUGUUGUUGCACCAAGCAGAUUGGCUUUUGUGGCUUCUUCAUGGAAAGCUUGGAGUUUCAGAUUAUAAUAAUGCUUUGAAGGUUGGAUAUGAUCCUGAAGUGGACUCAUAUCCAUCAUGGCUAGUCUGUCAACCAUAUUCUCAUCUUUUACCUUCAGUUGUUGCACCAGGAACUCCAAUUGCUUGUUUGAAGGAGGAACUUAGAAAUAAAUUUGGUUUCCAAAAAGAGUGUGUUGUAUGCAGCGGAACAACUGACAGUAUAGCUGCAUUUCUUGCGGCCCGUGCUACUCAACCUGGAAAAGCUGUCACUUCAUUGGGUUCAACACUUGCUAUUAAACUAUUAAGCAACACAAGAAUUGAAGAUUCUCGGUUUGGGGUGUAUAGUCAUCGCCUUGAUGAUAAAUGGCUUGUUGGCGGUGCUUCAAACACUGGCGGCGUUGUUCUUAGACAGAUAUUCACCGAUGAUCAAUUAGAGAAACUGAGUGAACAAAUCAAUCCCUCACAAAUAUCUCUUCUGGACUACUAUCCUCUGCCAAAAGCUGGUGAAAGAUUUCCAAUUGCAGAUCCAGAGUUGGCUCCAAGGCUACUUCCACGUCCAGAAAAUGAUGUUGAAUACUUGCAUGGGAUUUUGGAAUCCAUUGCACGUAUAGAGGCAAAGGGAUAUGGGUUGCUAAAGGAGCUAGGUGCAACUGAGGUUGAUCAAGUUUUCACAGCCGGUGGAGGAGCAAAAAAUGAGAAGUGGACAAAGAUACGGGAGAGGGUGUUGGGGUUACCUGUGAGUCGUGCAGAUCAAACAGAAGCUGCAUAUGGAACUGCAUUGUUGGCAAUAAAGGGUGAUCAACAAAACAUUUUGUGAAAACUCUGCCUAAUUACGUCACCACAUGUUUUUGUAAGGACAAGGUGACAAGGAGAGAGUAGGAGACCAGCAUUGGUGCAUUUGAAGAUCAUUUUUGUCAUUCAAAAUGUUUUUUAAAAAAUUGAAGAUUCUCGCGGAAAAGGGAUGGAAGAUACUGAAAAAUGUUUCAACGGUGUCGGUGUUGCAUUAUCGAAUUAGAUCAAAUAUAUGAAUAUAUCGGUAACAUCUUGAGAAAUGAGAACCUAGUAUUUGUUGUCUUGUAUGCUUUGGUGUAUUUGAAAAACUAAGAUGCUCUCAAAGAGAAAAUUUGAAAAACUAAAUGAUCCUGAGACAACCAAUGUUAGAUUGAUUUGUUGCAUAAUUCAAUGAACAUGUAAACUUUGUUUAGAUGGACUGUUGGUGAUUAGUAAUGGUGUGGAAUGGGGAAAAGAGUUACUAGUACUAGUAAUUUCUAUUGUUUGGGAGUAUUUGAAUUUUGAAGAGUAUUGAAUUUCGUGUCA